AGCAGCAGAGCCCCGAGGGAGAGCGGGCCCCGACGGCGCGCUCCCCCGUUUAUCCGCGGCACGCAGGCCCCGCGCAGGGGUCGGGGGGCGGAGGCGCAGCCCUCGGGUGCACGGGGCCCCGGGGCGGCUAGCCAUGACUUUCGGGCGCAGCGGGGCGGCCUCGGUGGUGCUGAACGUGGGCGGCGCCCGGUAUUCGCUCGCCCGGGAGCUGCUGAAGGACUUCCCGCUGCGCCGCGUGAGCCGGCUGCACGGCUGCCGCUCGGAGCGCGACGUGCUCGAGGUGUGCGACGACUACGACCGCGAGCGCAACGAGUACUUCUUCGACCGGCACUCGGAGGCCUUCGGCUUCAUCCUGCUCUACGUGCGGGGCCACGGCAAACUGCGCUUCGCGCCGCGGAUGUGCGAGCUCUCCUUCUACAACGAGAUGAUCUACUGGGGCCUGGAGGGCACGCACCUCGAGUACUGCUGCCAGCGCCGCCUCGACGACCGCAUGUCCGACACCUACACCUUCUACUCGGCCGACGAGCCCGGCGCGCUGGGCCGCGAUGAGGCGCGCCCCGCCGGGGCCGAGGCAGCUCCCUCCAGGCGCUGGCUGGAGCGCAUGCGGCGGACCUUCGAGGAGCCCACGUCGUCGCUGGCCGCGCAGAUCCUGGCCAGCGUGUCCGUGGUGUUCGUGAUCGUGUCCAUGGUGGUGCUGUGCGCCAGCACGCUGCCCGACUGGCGCGCCGCGGCCGCCGACAACCGCAGCCUGGAUGACCGGAGCAGGAUAAUUGAAGCUAUCUGCAUAGGUUGGUUCACUGCCGAGUGCAUUGUGAGGUUCAUCGUCUCCAAAAACAAGUGUGAGUUUGUCAAGAGACCCCUGAACAUCAUUGACUUACUGGCAAUCACUCCAUAUUACAUCUCCGUGCUAAUGACAGUAUUUACAGGCGAGAACUCUCAACUCCAGAGGGCUGGAGUCACCUUGAGGGUGCUCAGGAUGAUGAGGAUUUUUUGGGUGAUUAAACUUGCCCGUCAUUUCAUUGGUCUUCAGACACUGGGUUUGACUCUCAAGCGAUGUUACCGAGAAAUGGUUAUGUUACUUGUCUUCAUCUGUGUUGCCAUGGCAAUCUUUAGUGCACUUUCUCAGCUUCUUGAACAUGGGUUGGACCUGGAAGCAUCCAACAAGGACUUCGCCAGCAUCCCUGCUGCCUGCUGGUGGGUGAUUAUCUCUAUGACUACAGUUGGCUAUGGAGAUAUGUAUCCUAUCACAAUGCCUGGAAGAAUUCUUGGAGGAGUUUGUGUUGUCAGUGGAAUUGUUCUAUUGGCAUUACCUAUCACGUUCAUCUACCAUAGCUUUGUGCAGUGUUAUCAUGAGCUCAAGUUUAGAUCAGCUAGAUAUAGUAGGAGUCUCUCUGCUGAGUUCCUGAAUUAAUGCAUUGCAAAUCAAUUCUCGCAUACACUUCACUCCAUGGAAAGAGUGGAUGCUACUUCAUAUUCAUGUGUUUCUGGCAGGGUGAACAAGGUAGUACCAUUAUCCUCAUCUUACUAGGGCAGAAGUGAUCCUUCCCAGCUGAAGGGCGGAAGUUACCUAUUUGGGGAUGAAUAGGAUUGAGACUGCAGAAGAAGAGUAAUGGCACCUAGGGUGAACCUGCAGGCAAUGAUUUUAUUUGGACUUGUCUCUUCCUUGCCUUGAACAAUUAACUGCUUUUCCUUUUUAAAUACAUUGUUUGAACACUUGAAAACAGAAAGGUACUAGUUUCCAAAUGUUUUGCCAUCUUAACGAAUUCAGAAGAAGCUUGGAACUUGGUGUUAUAUUUUGAGACUAACAUUUUCGUUUCUAAAUGUUUUAUAAUUUCUCAUAUCAAUGUCAGAAGCACCCUAGAAACAUAUGUCACAUUCAAGAACUGUUUAACAAAUACUUUAAAAAUUUGGCCAAAAUUUAAACUGUAUAAUGGAGCUAGAUACAAGCACGAAUAUUAUUUGAAAAAGUUAUUUGUGCUUACCUAUCCUUUAUUUUAUUUUUGUGCUUGUUAUUCACCUAAUUGUAUCAUUUCCUGGAAGCUUGAGUAUAUUCUCCCUUUUCUGUCCUGUAUUUCUUUUUUCUCUUUAUGAAAAUGACUUCAGAAAAGUACAUGGAAUAGAAAGAACUUGUAUCACUUAGCAUUUUAUUGGAUAAUAGUAGAAUUCGUUGCUGUGAAAUGAUAAUAGUGCUAACAUUCAGAUGUCCAAACAAGAAUACUUCCAACAUAAAAAUGAUAGAAGUAGUUUGAUAUUAUCAACAUUACAGCCCACAUUUGUCUUCUUCUGCUCUUAACAUUCCCCCCAAACACCAUGAACUUAAUUAAGACUUAGGUGAAAGGAUAUUUGUAUAGUCUUUGAUACCAAAGUUAUAUUUACAUAUUGUCACUGGAUUGUCAUAAAAAGAAAUAGUUUUAUACUCUUAGUUGCUGUGUAGUUAAGUGAAUUUUCAGCCUGCUAAAAGCAAUGAGUAUAAAGUUAUUUGACUUGAUCUCCACCAUUGUGAGUCACAGCUCAUUCAAACUCUUCUUGUAGGAAUAUUGAGUAAUAUAGCUUAUUACUCUACCUCGAUUGUUAAUACUAGGCAGUGUAAAGAGAGGAUUUUUAGUGCAAAAUCUUAGCAAUAUGAAUUACAACUUUGCUUUCUUAACUAGUUGCUGUAAAGACAUAUAAACAAAACCACAUAUUUAUGAAUAAUUUAGUGUACACUCUGUAAUUAUUGGGGUGGAGGAAAGAGAGGUUAGGUUGGGCAAGGAUCUAUCUGUAUUUAUCAAAGAAAAGGUUGCCUGAAUUGUUCACUAAAAGAACAUUAGCUCCCAACUAGUUCAAGUUCUGACUAUCAUAGGUAGAAAAAUAGGGCAAAAGAGUAUCAUGAUGAAGGAGUUAGGGUUAAAACCUAUUUCCAGAAUCUAGUACAGUAGUUUAUUCUUCCCACACCUCUGGAUUUUGACAGGGGCCACAUUUUUCUUCAUCACUGUCAUUGCCAAAGUAAUCAUAGCCAAAUGAUUUCUUUUUCCCUAAGAGUUUCCCUGAGUUAUGUGAUAUUUUGGCCUUUGAAAAUCUUACCUCAUUUUUCUCUACUAGUGUGCUUUUUCUUCACACACCCAAAUUCUGUUAUUAUGUAUUUAUUAUAUUUUCUCUUUUAAUUCAGUGGAUUUUGUGUGUGUGUGUGUGUGUGUGUGUGUGUGUAUGCACACAUGUACGCACACACAUGCUAGAGAUUGCCCCUGGGCCUUGUGUAUGCUGUAUGAGUGCUCUGCCACUGAGAUACACACCCAAUUCCUCAAUAGAAUUUUUUAAAUUGCAAAACUUCAGUCCUGUAUUCAUUCAUGCAUAUUGAAAUAAGUACACGCAUUUCAUUGUUAGCAUUGCAUCAUUUAGAAGAGGUAGGCUGAGAAGCCAUCUCAGAAUAGGAAGUAACAUGGGUUGCAGCUUUAAUGGAAUGUUCUGGAAAAGUUCCAGUUUGGUCAAGGAAGGUUGCAUACACUUCUCUGUUCAGCAUGCACUCAAUAUGGUGUUUUGCUUCCUGCAUCUCCAGAGCCAUCUGUACUCACAGGAAUGGGCAUGUCAGUUCUGCCCUGAAAGGAAACCAAUGAGUUACUUCCCCAGUUGCAGUGUAUUCUUCCAUAGAUUUGAAAUGUCAUCCACAAGCUUUCAUGUCAUCUCAUUCUCUGAUUGUGUCUACAAUUUCAGAUUUUCCAGUUCUUCUAGGCAUUCCUAAAAACCACUUAAACUUUUGACCAUUACUGUAGACUCAAUGGCCAUUUUAGGGAAUUAUAGUUAAUGAUCUUCUUUUAUGUUAUAAUUUAGAUGAGUUUAAUAUAGCGGCUUUCAUUGGAGUUCUAUGAUUUAUAUUUAAAAACUAUCAACAAUGCUAACUCAAGUAUAGUCAAAGCAUAAAGGAUAUUUAGGGGGAUACAAGCCAUAGGGAAUAUUCUUUUUAUUUGUUUUGUUUUGUUGAGACAAGGUCUCUUCCAGACAGGCCUAGAAAAUGUGCUAUGUAGUAGUUCAGACUAGCCUCCAGCUUUUUUCCUGUGGUCCAAGCCUCCUGAAUGCUGGAAUUACAGGGUUCAUGUUCAGCUAGCAGGAUUUUCAUUCAUGAAACUUGUAAAUUCAUUACAGGGAUAUUACUGUCUUAACUGUACUGAGUCUUCCAGUCCAUGAACAUGAGACAGCUUUCCAUUUACUUAGGUCUUCUUUCAUUUCUUUCAAUGCUUUAUAGUUUUCAGUAUGCAAGUCUUGCCCUUUAAA